AUGGCGGCAGACGAGAACAGUGGAGACCAAAACGAUCUCAUAAUGUUGAAGGACCUGGUGGAUGAGCUUUAUAAUUUCAGAGACACUUAUUUUGAGACUCACAGUGUGGACAAUGCUCAGAAAAAACAAAGUGAUGUUGCACAAGAAAUUGAAAAAACACUAAAGAGGUUACAAGAAUAUGAAGAUCGAUGUAAGCAUAAGGCUGAGUUUCUGCUACUCAAAGGUAGAUGCCUGAAUGUAGCUCCAGAUUUUAGUGACAUUGCUGAGGAGUGCCUUUCCCAAGUGGUCAAGCUAGAACCUACAUUGGUGGAGGGCUGGAAUAUUUUAGGAGAGCAAUACUGGAAAAAGGGCAAUCUUAGUGGUGCCAAGAAUUGCUUUACCGUAGCUUUGCAGAAGAGCAAAAACAAAGUGUCCCUGCGUAACCUUUCCAUGGUUCUGAGGCAACUGCCAUCUGCCAGCAAUGAAAGCCACAACAAACAGGUGAUGGAGAGUGUGGACCUGGCUCGUCAAGCUGUUCAGUUAGAUGUCACAGAUGGAGAAUCGUGGUAUACUUUGGGAAAUGCUUAUGUUUCUCUAUUUUUCUGUAGCGGGCAAAAUCCCCAAUUUUCUCAACAAGCUUUCAGUUCUUAUGCACAAUCAGAGAAGGUUGACAAAGCGGCGUCCUCUUACCCAGAGUUGCACUUCAACAGAGCCAAUUUGUUCCAAUACGAGGAGAUGUUCAGCUCUGCUUUGGAGGGCUACAGUCGCGCUGCAUUGCUGGAUCCAAACUGGGACGACCCUCCAGAGAGAGAGAAGCUGCUGCUGGAAUAUCUAGAGAAAACGACAGAGCUCAUUCAGAACAAGGGGAAAGUGAAAGCCCGUCGUUUGCGUACAAUGCUUUCCAACCUCAACACUUCAGCAUUGGGCCCUUGCUCCUCGUCUGAGUUCCGGUCUCCUUCGGGCCGUGUGGGCAGCUUGGAACCACGAACUCUGUCUGCUCUGUCUCACGGAAACAAUGUUGGAGUUGCUGCUCUGGGAAAAGUGGUGUUCAGCUUGGCUUCAGAGGGGAGAAUGGCUUUUACUUUUGGCAUGGUGGACAGUGAGGAAUCAUGUCUAGUUGUGAUGGUAUACAAUACUGCUGACACCUGGGGAGCUCUCAUUGGAGACACUAUCGUCAUUCCCGAACCUCACAUCAAACGUCAUAGUAUAACACACAAAGAUAAGUCUUUUGACUUCAAAAGUAUACGAGUGGACUCCCCGCUGCUCCUGAUUGUAAAUGGGAAGAAGCAAAAAAUCCAAAGUCAAAUAGCUGUGUCCGUCAGCUCCAAGCCCCAGUGUGAAUGA